AUGAUCCAACGGUGGUUGCUGCUCGUAAUCGGGCUCCUGGCACUCCUAACCCCACCAACAAUCGCCAAAGGAGGAAAAGACAAACUAAAAGCCCACUCCACCGAAUUCGACCGCCAACCAAAUAACCUCUUCUACUUCCCCGGCUCAAACAACAUCCUCUUCGAAGACGUCGUCGCCAGAAAUGCAUAUAUCUCCACAGACGGCGGUAAAGAAUGGGACAUCAUCAAAGGACCCCGCGAUGCCAUGGAAGGCGCUGUCGUCAUGCUGCAAGCGCACCCAUUCGAUGAUCAUCGCGCUUAUGCCCUUGGCGAGAGUGGCAAGGGCUGGAUUACCACUGAUCGGGGGAAAUCUUGGGAGACAUUCGAAGUCGAUACUACGCCUAAUGAUUCGAGAAAGUUUUCGCCGUUGAGGUUUCAUGGUUCCGAUGCCAAGAGGGUUAUCUUUAUGGGACGCGAUUGUUCGGUUCAUGGGUGCCUUCCGACGGCGUAUUACACACUUGAUGAUUUCAAGACGGUGAAGAAAUUGGCUAAGGAUGAGGAUACUUUCGAUUGUACCUGGGCGGCUGGCACGCCUGAGUUCGGUCGGGAUUUGGAUUCUGAGUCCUUGAUGAAGAAACUCGCUGACCGGGUUAUGUGUGUCGUGACCGGUCAGAAGGACGGAGGAUUAGAGGCCUUUUUCCGCAGGCGUUUGAUCGCGUCGGAUGACUUCUUCAAGGAUGGUGGGGUUGAGAUUAAUCUUGAUCGUGGGCGCCCGGUGCCUGGCGUUGAGAUUCGAAUGGUUGCUGUUAAGAAGUAUAUUGUUGUUGCGCUUCAGUCAAGGGGCACGCUUGAGCAGACGCUUUAUAUCAGUGAUGAUUCGAAGGAGUGGCAUCGGGCGGAAUUUGGAGGACAUCGGCUGGAACAGGAUGGGUAUACCAUCCUGGAAAGUACGAAUUACAGUAUCCAGGUUGAUGUUCAGACUGUUUUGAAUGAGAAUCCUGUUGGUGUGUUCUUCACGUCGAACUCGAAUGGGACUUAUUUCAAUCCGAAUAUCGAGCAUACGAAUCGCAAUGUUAGGGGGAAUGUCGAUUUUGAGAAAUUGGCGGAUAUCCAGGGCAUUGUUAUGGUGAAUACGGUUGAGAAUUGGAAAGAUGUUGAGGAGGAUGCUAGUGAGAAGAAGAAGCUCACUACUAAGAUCAGUUUCGAUGAUGGGAGGACGUUUAGUUCGCUCAAGGCUGAUGGGGAUCCGUUGCAUAUCCAUUCGCUGACCUCGUAUGAGGAACUGCAUGAAUUGGCUGCCCUUGGGCGGAUGUUCUCGAGCCCGGCGCCAGGACUGGUCAUGGGCGUGGGUAAUACUGGCGAUUAUCUGGAGAAAUACUCAAAGGGCAACCUCUAUGUUUCCGAUGAUGCAGGCGUGACUUGGCGACAGGCACUCAAAGGACCUCACCGAUUCGAAUUUGGCGACCACGGCGGCGUUAUCGUGGCUGUUAAAGAUGACGGUGAUGCUACUGACGAAGUGCGGUACUCGAUCAACCAUGGCAAAGAGUGGGAGACGCUCAAGCUGAAGCACGACAUUAAGCCCCUCUUCAUCACGACCACGCCGGACUCAACCAGCUUGAAGUUCGUGCUUGUUGGAAUGACGAAAGAACCCAAGUUCCACAUUUACCAGCUCGACUUUGACGAGCUUCACGAGCGCAAGUGUGACAAGGAUGAUUUCGAGGACUGGGUUGCUCGUUUGGAUGAGAAGGGCGAGCCGGACUGUCUGAUGGGUCACAAGCAGGUCUUCCGCCGUCGCAAAUCCGAUGCAGAAUGCUUUAUCAAGGACGAGUUUACCAUUGACGCUCCCAAGGCCGAGAACUGCAAAUGCACAGCCGAGGACUUUGAAUGCGAUUAUAACUUCAAGCGCAGCGAUGAUGGCAAGCGCUGUCUCCCUGCCGUCUCUCUGCACACCCCUGCCGAUACGUGCAAGAAGCCAGACGAUACGUUCGUCGGUCCGUCGGGCUGGCGAAUGAUUCCCGGUGACUCCUGUAUCCGUGAAGGUGGCGAAAGUCUCGACAAAGAGGUGGAACAGCCCUGUGGAAAUUCUACCGGUGCUCCCGUCGCCGAUGGCAAGAUUCGUGUUGGCAAGCCGCAGCUGUUCAACUCAGUCAAGCCGACAUACUUCUACCUUGAACGACAGUCUAGCAGCAAUGGAGACGACGAGACGAUCUUCCAACUUGCCGGCAAUGGCCAACUCUGGAUUACCCACGACCAUGGCAAAAAUUGGGAGCAACCGUCCCAGUUGAAGGGGGAGAGUAUCACCGACAUGAUCCCGCAUCACCACUACACCGACGGCGCGUAUUUCUUAACCGACAAGAAGAAAGUCUGGUAUACCACCAAUCGCGGGGAAAAGUUCCAUUCGGGUGGUGAUAGACCAACCAAGUACAUCGACAAGUACAUCGGUCCACUGGCUUUCCAUGAGAAGCACAUGGACUGGGUGAUUUGGAUGGGAUCCGAGGACUGUGACGGAAGCGAUGGUACCUCCUGCGCCUUGGAUGCCUACAUCAGCACCAACUCCGGCAACAAUUGGAAGCAAUUGGUCAGUGGGGUUGGACAGUGCGUAUUCGGAUACCAGCCCAACGUCGAUGGCACGGAACAUCUUAUCAUUUGCGAAAAGUACCAGAACGAGCUAGUCAAGAACGACCGACAACUCGUUACCAACGGCGGCGAUCCGGACCGCGACUGGCUCGCGCCGAGGGAUGUUAUCUUUGACAACAUUGCCCGAUUCGUCACGAUGGACGGCUUCUUCGUUGUCGCGACGUAUCCGACUGAACAGCAUGAGUUUUUGAAUGUCAGCACCAGUAUGGAUGGAAAGGUGUUUGCGCAGGCCCAUUUCCCGCAUAACCUUGCUUUCGGAGAUGUUAAGCAGUACACUGCCGUGCCGGGAUCUAAGCAUGCGCUUUUCAUGAAUGUUGAGGCGAAUGGCGAGUCUGGGCAUAAGUUUGGCUCGCUGGUCAAGAGUAAUAGCAACGGUACUUAUUUCGUUUCCAGUCUUGAGGGUUUGAGUGAGAAUGACUAUGGAUACAUCGAUUAUGAACGCAUUUCCAAUCUGGAAGGUGUUGCGAUUGCCAACAUCGUUGUGAAUCGGGACGAGGUGAAGAGCAAAUCCGAAUCGAAGAAGUUACGCACUGUCGCUACUCACAAUGACGGUGGACAGUGGGCGUUCCUCUCGCCUCCGGUUCAAGAUCUCGACAAUACGAAAUAUGACUGCUCAGCUGGACAGGGUCAUGGCACGGAAGACUGUGCCCUGCAUAUCCAUGGCUAUACUGAGCGUCGCGACUGGCGAGAUACAUUUUACUCAGGCUCUGCUAUCGGCCUCCUUCUCGGCGUUGGUAACGUUGGCGAAUAUCUCUCCGGUAGCGACGAGGCGGAUACCUUCCUCAGCAGGGACGGUGGAAUUUCUUGGAGAAACGUCAUGAAGGGUCGUUAUAUGUGGGAAUUUGGCGACGCUGGCUCGAUCGUUGUCCUUGUUCGCGAACUCGAGCCUACCAAGGUCAUUCACUACAGUCUGGACCGCGGUAGUACCUGGACAGAGUUCCAAUUCUCGGAUACGGAGAUCUCCAUCGCUGACAUUUCCACCGUGCCCUCGGAUACAUCGAAGAAUUUCCUGCUCUGGGGUAAAGAUAAGUCCUCCUCCUCAGCCAAGAUGGCCACCAUCAACCUCGAUUUCAGCGGGUUGUGGAGCCGGACAUGUGCGGAUAUCGACUCGGACGAAGCGAGCAAGGAUUUCGACCUCUGGACGCCGAAACACCCGUCGCAAGAUGAUAAUUGUCUUUACGGUCAUGUCGAGCAGUACCAUAUCAAGAAGAUUGAUGCUGAGUGCUGGGUUAAUUGGCGUGAGCCGCACUCGCAUAUCAUCGCGAAUAACUGUACCUGCACCCGCGCAGACUUUGAAUGUGACUACAACUACGAAAUCCAAUCAGACGGUAGCUGCGGUUUAGUCCCCGGUCUACCUAAACCAGACCACAGCCUCGCCUGCGCCUCCGACCCUGAAUUAAUAGAAUACUACGAACCAACCGGUUACCGCCGCCUACCACAAACAACCUGUCAAGGCGGAGACCGCGGCGAAAUGGACAGAGGAACAAUGCACGCCUGCCCGGACAAAGAAGAAGAAUUCGACCGCAAACACGGCAUCAGUGGUGCGGGUCUCUUCUUCGCUAUCGUCAUUCCCAUAGCCGCAGCCACAGCCUUCGGCUACUUUGUUUAUACGCGCUGGGAUGCAAAGUUCGGUCAGAUCCGACUAGGCGAGUCCUCCGGCCUGGGUGGCUUGGGCUUCGGUUCUGGUUCUGGUUCUGGUGGUGGUGCACGUGAAGUUGCUCUUGCUAUCCCCGUCGCGGUGAUUGCGGCUGUUGUUGCUGUUGCUCAGGCUUUGCCGUUACUUCUUUCUAGUAUUUGGAGGAGUGGGGCUGGGUUGUUUAAGCGUGGUUCUGGUUCUGGUUCUAGGGGUGGGUAUCAACGUCCGUAUGCGACGAGGGGUUCUUUUGCUGCGAGGCGCGGGGAUUAUUCUCAUGUUGUUGAUGAUGAGGAUGAGUUGCUCGGGGCGGAGGACUUUGAGGAGGACGAGGAGGCGUAG